CAGCCCCUGAUCAUGUGACUCCUCCUCCUCCAUGUGACUGAUCACAUGACGGUGACAUCAUCGCAGGUCCUGUAAGCACACGGCUCCUCUACAGAUACAGGUUUCUCCAAUCCAGGAUCCUCUGCUGAUAUCUUCUAUAUAAGAGAAUUCUCCUGGAUGACCCAUCAACCAUGGAGAGAGACAGGAACAAGAUGGCCGACAGGAUCAUAAACCUCACCCUACAGAUACUCUUCCGGCUUACUGGAGAGGAUUACACAGUAGUGAAGAAGUCCUCUAGUGGGCGCUGUCGGGCCCCUGUGUGUGAAGGAUUGGGAAGAACCCUGAGCCCAAUCCCGGGGCCCCCACCUCACUCCCUGAUACAUGAGGAAAUGGAUGAACAGAAGAUCCGAGAACUCAUCAACCAGAUGAUGGAGCUGCUGACUGGAGAGGUUCCUAUAAGGUGUCAGGACGUGGCGGUCUAUUUCUCCAUGGAGGAGUGGGAGUAUGUAGAAGGACACAAGGAUCAGUACAAGGAUCAGGUCAUGAUGGAGGAUCAGCAGCCCCUCACAUCACCAGUCAGAUCCAGUAAGAGAACAGCACCAGAGAGGUGUCCCCGUCCUCUGGAUGAACAGAAUAUGGAGGUCAUUACUACAAAGAAAGCUCUGGACUAUAUUAAUACUACAGACAUAAAGGAAGAAGAAGAGACAGAUGUUAGCAAUGAUGAGCAGUAUAAAGAGGAUAUUCCUACAGGGAAAGAUCUGAUCUUUAUUAAUGCUACUGAUAUAAAAGAAGAAGAGACAGAUGUGAGCGGUGAUGAGCAGUAUAAGGAGGACAUUCCUACAGGGGAAGAUCUCUUCUAUAUUAAUGCUACAGACAUAAGGGAAGAAGAAGACUACACAGAUGUGAGCAGUAAUGACCAGUAUAAGGAGGACAUUCCUACAGGGAAAGAUCUGAUCUAUAUUAAUGCUCCAGAGAUAAUAGUAAAAGUGGAAGAAGAGACAGAUGUGAGCGGUGAUGAGCAGUAUAAGGAGGACAUUCCUACAGAUUCUUGUAGCAGGAGAUCAGAGGAGAAUCUUAUAUCUUCAGAUUAUAAAGCAGAUGAUGAUAUCACACAAGAUACAUAUGAAGAACAUUCCAUUAUCCCAGAUACACCCUCAGCCCUUCACAGCCAAGAUCUGUCAUCUCAUCCUUAUAUACAGGUCCUGUCUUCUCAGUCAUCACAGGAUGUUCAGCAAAAUAAAAGUCACAGAAGGGGUGUUGGACAUCAAAAAGCUCAUACAGGAAAGAAACCAUAUUCAUGCUCAGAAUGUGGGAAAUGUUUUACCAAGAAAUCUAAUCUUAUUCAACAUCAAAUAACUCACACAGGAGAGAAGCCAUUUUUAUGUUCAGAAUGUGGGAAUUGUUUUACUUUAAAAUCAAGUCUUGUUAAACAUCAAAUAACUCACACAGGAGAGAAGCCGUUUUCAUGUUCAGAAUGUGGGAAAUGUUUUAUUCAGAAAUCAGACCUUGUGGUACAUCAAAGAACUCACACAGGAGAGAAGCCAUUUCCAUGCUCAAAAUGUGGGAAAUGUUUUACUUUUAAAUCAAGUCUUGUUGUACAUCAAAGAACUCACACAGGAGACAGGCCAUUUUCAUGCUCAGAAUGUGGGAAAUGUUUUACUCAGAAAUCAGACCUUGUGGUACAUCAAAGAACUCACACAGGAGAGAAGCCAUUUCCAUGCUCAAAAUGUGGGAAAUGUUUUACUUUUAAAUCAAGUCUUGUUGUACAUCAAAGAACUCACACAGGAGACAGGCCAUUUUCAUGCUCAGAAUGUGGGAAAUGUUUUACUCAGAAAUCAGACCUUGUGGUACAUCAAAGGACUCACACAGGAGAGAAGCCAUUUUCAUGUUCAGAAUGUGGGAAAUGUUUUACUGAUAAAUCAAGUCUUCUGAAACAUCAGAAAACUCACACAGGAGAGAAUGCAUUUUCAUGCUCAGAAUGUGGGAAAUGUUUUACUCAUCAUUCAAGUCUUAUGCAGCAUAAAAGAACUCACACAGGGGACAAGCCAUUUUCAUGUUCACAAUGUGGGAACGGCUUUACUAAGAAAUCAAAUCUUGUUAGACAUCAAAUAAUUCACACAGGGGAGAAGCCAUUUUCAUGUGCAGAAUGUGGGAAAUGUUAUACUCAGCAAUCACAUCUUGUUAAACAUAAGCGAACUCACACAGGAGAGAAGCCAUUUUCAUGCUCAGAAUGUGGGAAAUGUUUUGCUGAGAUAUCAAUUCUUGUUCAACAUCAAAGAACUCACACAGGAGAGAAGCCGUUUUCAUGCUCAGAAUGCGUGAAAUGUUUUACUAAGAAAUCAUAUCUUGUUCAACAUCAAAGAACUCACACAGGGGAGAAGCCAUUUCCAUGUUCAGAAUGUGGAAAAUGUUUUACUGAUAAAUCAAGUCUUGUUGAACAUCGAAGAACACACUCAGGGGAGAAGCCAUUUUCAUGUUUAGAAUGUGGGAAAUGUUUUGCUCAGAAAUCAACUCUUCUUCAACAUCAAAGAAUUCACACAGGAGAGAAGCUGCUUUCAUGCUCAGAAUGCGGGAAACGUUUUUCUAAGAAAUCACAUCUUGUUCAACAUAAAAGAACUCACACAGGGGAGAAGCCAUUUUCAUGUUCAGAAUGUGGAAAAUGUUUUACUGGCAAAUCAAGUCUUGUUCAACAUCAAAGAACUCACACACUGGAGAAGCCAUUUUUAUGUUCAGAAUGUGGAAAAUGUUUUACUGAGAAAUCAAUUCUUGUUCAACAUCAAAGAACUCACACAGGAGAGAAGCCGUUUUCAUGCUCAGAAUGCGUGAAAUGUUUCACUAAGAAAUCACAUCUUGUUCAACAUCAAAGAACUCACACAGGGGAGAAGCCAUUUUCAUGUUUAGAAUGUGGGAAAUGUUUUUCUCAGAAAUCAACUCUUCUUCGCCAUCAAAGAACUCACACAGGGGAGAAGUCAUUUUCAUGUUCAGAAUGUGGAAAAUGUUUUACUGAGAAAUCACAUCUUGUUCAGCAUGAAAGAACUCACACAGGAGAGAAGCUGUUCUCAUGCUCGAAAUGUUUUACUAAUAAAUCACAUCUUGCUGUACAUCAAAGAACUCACACAGGGGAGAAACCAUUUUCAUGUUCCGAAUGUAGAAAGUGUUUUACUGACAAAUCAAGUCUUCUUAGACAUCAAAGAACUCACACAGAAGAGAAGCCAAUUCAGAGCAAUAAAUGAUGCAGAUAACACAUUUAUAUAUUAACCAUGUACAUA